UGUUCGUCCUGGUACAGUAAGAGAGGUUACCAGGGUGGCCGCCAGGUGGCUCCUCACUCACAAGACAGCACCGGCUGGCGGCUCUGACACCGAACUUUAUUUCAGAAUGAUUGUAGCCAGGCUUAUUCCCGAAGCAAAAUCACUGCGCACAGCAUUGUGUCGUAAUUAUGGUAUAUCUGCUGUGCUUUUAAAGAAGACAUCGGAUCCUAUCCAGCAGCUGUUUGUGGAAAAAAUUCAAGAAUAUUCAAAGAAGAGCAAGGCUGCUGGUGGAAAGUUGGUAGAUGUUACCCCAGACAUGGAGAAGCAGCUGCAGCACGAGCUGGACAGAGUUGCUCGUCAGUAUGGAGGUGGUGCAGGAGUAGACAUGACGAAAUUCCCAACUUUCAAGUUCGAAGAUCCCAAAAUUGAUCCACUUGCAUAAUUCAGCAUCUGUACCACUUCACUCUGUAUAAAGCCUGUUUGUAUGAGAGAAUGUCAACACCUUACUGAUGUACUAUAUGUUAAUAAACUAAAUGUAGAUUA